AUGACUAUCCAUCCGAAGUCACCGAAACAGACGGAGCUUGCCAUCCGCUUUCUGAUCGUCGGAGGAGGCAUGUCGGGCCUCGCCUGCGCCAUCGCAUUGCGUCGGGUUGGUCACCAAGUGACUGUCUUGGAACAGGAAAGGGCCUUGAUGACAAAUUCCGAUGCAGGUGGCAUCCGAAUGCCACCAAACUUAUCGAAGAUCCUCUUCCAUUGGGGGCUCAAAGACGAGCUACGAAAGAUAGCAAUUAAAUCUAUGGCGAUUGAUCUAUGUCUGUGCGACACUGGCGAACUACUUGGUAAACAUAUCUGGGAUGAGGAAGUUUUCCGGGAAACGCGGGGAGAGUUCAUUUUUGCCCAUCAUGCCGAUAUGCGAAAUCUGCUUUACGACAAUGCCAUCGCCUCUGGUGCCAAAGUUCGCUUAGGCUGCCCUGUAGUCUCCAUCGAUCCCGACAGGCGCACUGUCACUUUGGCCUCUGGCGACACUGUGACGGCCGACGUUAUCAUUGGGGCCGACGGAAUGGGCGGCAUCUCGCAGUCUGUGAUGGAUAUAGAACCGCCAGUAGCCGCACCACUAAAUAUGUAUAGCACGACUGUGCCUAAGGCAGUUAUAGUCAAUGACCCUGAGUUAACAACCAUCUGGAAGGAAGACCUUGUUACCAUGUUUUCUUGGUUUGGCAAUGGACAUGCUGUGCUCGGUUUUCCUACUGGAGGAAGUGAUCCAGACUUUGCUAUGUACGUCUACGGUCCUGUCAAUGGAUGCGAAAGCGACUGGCGGACGCAGACGCCUAUACAAGGCCUACGGUCCGUGCUGGAUCAAUGCGAACCUCGAUUACGUCGACUUGGACAAUUAGCUAAAACCGCACGCUGCAUACCUGUCGCAGAAUUUACUACGGUGGAGGACUGGGUUCACGAGAGCGGCCGAAUGGUGUUGCUCGGGCAGGCUGCCCACCCGAUUCCGCCAGGGUCGAUACAGGACUGUGCGUUGGCGAUCGAGGAUGGCGCAGUCCUCGCGAAACUGUUUUCCCAUCUUCGCUCAGAAGAUCAGAUAGGGAGCUUCCUCUGGGCGUUUGAAGAGCUCAGGCAACAACGAUGCUCGUCAGUGAUAAUGAACGAGUGCGGCAUCGUGCAGUAUAUGACACUGCCACCUGGCGAAUUCCAGCAAGGAAGGGACCAGUCAAUGCGGGCGAAAAGAGAUGCUGGAUUGAACGCGCUCCAGGCCUCCGACGAUUCGGAAGAAACUCCAGAAUGGGCUGAAAUUAAGGAGGUUUUCGGGUAUGACGCUGAAGAUGAGGCCGAUAACUGGUGGGUGCAAUGGGGACGUCUUCGCGAGAGGGCCAAAGGGGUAGAAGCGACCGAGAUCGUCAACAUUUCCCUUUUCACGAACACCUCAUGA